AACACACGGCAGAGCGGCACCAUUUCAUCCGUACAGUCUGCUUAUUACUGGAUGCAAAUAACCGAUCGGAACUGAUUUUUUUUUUGGCCGGUUGGACGGCUGUACUCGACAGUAAAGCUGGAAGGAGGCGGCGGAGCGCAGAUAUGCACGCAGCAGGACGGAUUUUACGUUCCUCACACGAGAUGUGAUGAGAUGAUGAAGAAGAUGAUGAUGGCCCAGGGCGACAAAGACCCAAAACACACCAGUCGAGUUGUGCUGGUCAAGAGGAUCAUAAUGAAGCAUGACAAUCCGGUCCAGCAGGGUAUCGGGAAGCCUAGCGUCUAUCAUGCUGUUGUGGUCAUCUUCCUGGAGUUUUUUGCCUGGGGUCUCCUGACUACACCGAUGCUCACCGUUUUGCAUGAAACGUUCCCCAAACACACGUUCUUAAUAAACGGCCUGAUUCAGGGAGUGAAGGGUCUGCUGUCGUUUAUGAGCGCUCCGUUAAUUGGCGCUCUAUCAGACGUGUGGGGCAGACGAUCCUUUCUAUUGGUUACCGUGUUCUUCACGUGUGCGCCCAUCCCGCUCAUGAGACUCAGUCCAUGGUGGUACUUUGCCAUGAUCUCAGUGUCCGGAGCGUUUUCCGUCACUUUCUCUGUAAUCUUCGCGUACAUCGCAGACGUUACGGAUGUGCGUGAGAGGAGCACGGCGUACGGACUCGUUUCUGCGACGUUCGCAGCGAGUCUGGUCACCAGCCCGGCCAUCGGUGCAUACCUUUCGGCCAGCUACGGCGAUAAUCUGGUGGUGCUGGUGGCGACUCUCAUCGCUCUGGCCGACAUCUGCUUCAUCCUGCUGGCCGUCCCAGAGUCGCUGCCCGAAAAGAUGAGACUCAACACAUGGGGAGCGCCCAUCUCCUGGGAGCAGGCUGACCCAUUCGCUUCUUUGCGGAAGGUUGGGCAGGAUACAACCGUUCUGCUCAUCUGUAUCACAGUGUUUCUGUCCUAUCUGCCCGAGGCGGGUCAGUACUCCAGCUUUUUCCUGUACCUGCGUCAGGUCAUUAACUUCUCGCCCAAAACGAUCGCGGUGUUCAUCGGCGUGGUGGGAAUCCUCUCCAUCCUGGCGCAGACGCUGUUUCUGACUUUAUUAAUGAGGACCAUCGGGAACAAGAACACGGUUCUUCUGGGUCUGGGUUUCCAGAUUCUCCAGCUGGCCUGGUACGGUUUGGGGUCCGAGCCGUGGAUGAUGUGGGCGGCCGGCGCGGUGGCGGCCAUGUCCAGCAUAACGUUCCCUGCAGUGAGCGCUUUAGUGUCACGCAGCGCAGAUCCGGAUAAACAGGGUCUGGUUCAGGGCAUGAUAACAGGGAUUCGGGGGCUCUGUAACGGUCUGGGUCCGGCGCUGUAUGGCUUCAUUUUCUUCCUCUUUAAUGUGGAGUUGAGCGGGAUCACCCCCAUCCAGCCCGACUACACCAUCCCACUAAAGACCUCCACAGAGAAGACCACAAUCCCCGGUCCUCCGUUCCUCUUGGGCGCCUGUACGGUGGUGGUGGCGUUUAUAGUCGCCCUCUUCAUUCCGGACAACCCGACACCCCCAGCGACGCCCUGCCAAACCCUUAAGAGUAGCGCGAGUCUGGCCGGUGCUCACACCAACACGCCACUGCCGGGGAGCGACGAGGACUUCGAACCGCUGCUGGAGGACAGCAACGUCUGACUCUAAAACUAAAUCACAUUUGGAAAAAAAUGAAAAGGGCGUCAACACAUUGCAAACCCUCCACCUGUCGGCGACUAACAUUUGAGAGCGUGCAGUGUUUAUUCUUUUGUUUAUGACAAAAUGGUUAUUGGUUUUGAACUCAGAGGCUUUUUUAUUAAGCAUUUUACAGUGUUUAACAUGAAUCAACACACUAAGGGCUCAAUCAGUGAGAUCGGAUGCGUUCGGUUUGAUUGAGUUUAAACACAAAGCUCUUUAUGUAUAUAGAUAUUUGGGCGAAGUGCAGUAAAGUUUAUUGUAUGCGGAGCUUGUGGUGGCUUGAAGGUUAUCGUUGCUGUAGAGAGAAUGAAGAAAAACUGGGUGAAUUUCAUGAAAACGUGGUUUAGGCCAUUGCAACCCGAAGAAGAGAAAAUAAAGCCUGUUUUUAGACAUUAUUUUCAAGCACAUUUUCUCCCUCCUAAAAACAGGCUGUAUUUGCAUGAAGAAGAAUCACAUUUCUUGUGAUUUUUAAACAGAUUUCAUAAAAUUCACCCAAACAGAAUUUGAGAUUAAUACACAGACAGUAUUUUUAUACUGCAGCGACUGAGCGACGUUUCCUAACGUAAGCCUUAAAGUCACAUAUCCUGUGGCGUAUGACUAGGUUUUAAUAGAUUAGAGAUGCAUCUGGUUGCAUGAACAGUAUUUGUGGCGAUGUUAACCAAACUGAAAACAGUUGAGCACCAGCGGUUUGGUGUAGUUACUGAUGCUAACUUAGUUCUUCUAGGCCAGUUAGUUGUUUCGGACACGGCUUGAUUGUGAUAUUCUUGAAAUGUGUGUGUGCGUGUGUGUGUGUGUAAAGGUUCUAUGCAGUAGUGAUCAAAAAUGGCAUUCAAUUUAGAAGUAAAAUGGAUUGCGAAUGCCAUUUCAUGUUGAGAAACAUGGGUGUUUAAAAUGACAGUAUUGCUUAAAAUAUUACAUUUGUACAAGUGAAAUUUUACCUUCAUUUUUACUUUGGAAAAAAGAAUUGGCAAAGUGCAUUUGUUAAGCUAUUUUACUCAACAAUAUUUAUAUAUUUGCUUAAGGAUAAUUCGUAUUUAUUAAAAAAUCAGCCAACAUCUAAGUACCAGCUACCUCAUUUUUGGAGGUUUCGAUGAUUUUGUGAAAUGAGGUUAGAUUCGACCUGACUAUAUUUUUAUCUGCAUAUUGUUUUUGUUUUUUUAUAACCACAAUCCAUUUUCAAUACAGGAUUUUGGAUUUUUCCAAGAUUCACUAGAAUUGCAAAAGAAUUUCAUUAUUUUGUUCAGGAAUUCCAUAUUUUCUCAUACAGUGAACGUUUUCCAAGCUGAUCAUUUGUUUUGCAUGAACACCCGUAUGAAUUUCCAGAAUGAUGCUUUAUAUUUCGAGGCCUCUGUCUUUUUUGUGCGAAGAACACUGUGGAGCAUCUCAUUAGAGUUUGCGGUCGUCAUUAGACUGACCUGUGCUCAUUUCCUGUUCCACAUGCGCAUCACUUCCUCCAUUUUCUGUAUUCCAUACAAAUAUGGCAGAUAUUCCAUUCAGAACCGUUCCGGUGACCUGUGAAUCAGACAGAGAUCUGAACAGAAUCUGAAUGUUUGCUUUCCAUCAUUUAUUCGCCACCCUUGACCCCUUUUCCACGUGUUUGCAUUAUUUCAGCCAUAUUUAUAAUGCAGCGACGUGAAACUUUACGCUUGAAAUUGCGCUGGUGUGUAUUUAUGGCACGACUGCAGAACGUGUGUAACGGCUCAGCCGUAGUUCCCGCGCUUUUGGGUUUUGUAUUCGUGCACAGCUUCUAACGGCAGUUUUAACAUGUAAUAUACCGAAGAUCAUAUUCAUUAUUUUAGGAUUGUAAAGUAUUGUAUAUGUAUUGAAUAGUAUUACUGAAAAACUUUUACAUGUUGCCAGACCCGCAAUAUUUUUGGAACCGGUAACGCGCCGCUCCAUAUAAGGUCAACCGAUCGUCAGGAGCAUGCGUGCGUUCACGAGAAUAAUUUUCGCUUUUCCUUUCUGAACUUGUCAAGUAUUUGUGUGUCUUUCAUGGGAUACACAAGGUGCCUCAAGCAUAAAACAUGUUCAUUUGUAGUAGAUCCGAGUCUGACUGUAAAUACCGGGUACAUUGAGCAGCUGAUGAAGAUGAACUGUACAGGGAUCCUUAUGUAGCCUAUUUAUUGUCAUGUAUUGUGGGAAUCUAUUAAAUAGGUGAAAAUGAAUAAAUAACACUUAAGAGUCA